CUUUAGGCGUCGGGCAUUGUCAACCAUGUGGGCCUACCAUUUUUUUUUUUCAAAAAGGGAGAGUUAUCUCAUUGACACCAAGGGUUUGGCAUUCUUGGCUUCAUCAAUUGGUGUUAUUUUCUCUGCCAUGGUUCACUGACUAAAGACGAAACUACAUACUAGUUCAACAGAUAUACUAGUACUCUUCUAAAUCUAAGUUCAAUACGGCCUGUGUGGAGUAUGAUUGGUAGACACAGGAAGGGAUCUUCAUUCAAGGAACUGUCACAGGACAAAUCGGCGAGGAUCCCUGGGCAAUGGAAUUCAAUGGAUACUAAAACAAACCCCGCAGUAUAGAUAACCUGACGCCCCUCAUCCAUGGUGAAUAUUUAACAUCAGCAUCGUCUUUCCAUCUUCUGAUAUCACCAAGCAAUCAAUAUCAUUCUUGCCACCUACUUAAUACUCCAGUCUUCUCUAACCUCCUCUGACAACCAUGCCCGGACGUCUAGAAGGUAAAGUCGCUAUCAUAACAGGCUCCGGCUCCGGCUUCGGCCACGGUAUCGCAAAGAAGUUCGUCGAAGAGGGCGCCAAAGUCAUCGUCGCAGAGAUAUCCAAAGAAAACGGCGAAAAGGCCGCAGCUGAGCUUAACAGCAAGUUCGUCCUCGCAGACGUAACAAGCCGAGAAUCCUGGCAAACGUUACUCCAGACAACCCUGGACACAUACGGCCAGCUGGACAUCGUAGUCAACAAUGCCGGGGCAACCUAUUCCAAUAAGCCCACAGGCCAGGUCACAGAUGCCGACUUUGACCUGUGCAUGAGCGUCAAUGUGAAGUCGAUCUACCUCUCGGCGAACGUCAUCGUACCGUAUUUCGAACAGAAUAACCGUCCCGGAUGCUUUGUCCAGGUUUCUUCUACCGCUGCGCUUCGGCCGCGCCCUGGCUUGACUUGGUAUAAUGCUUCAAAGGCGGCGGUUAGUAUUGCUACCAAGACCAUGGCUGUUGAAUAUGGGCCGAAAAAGAUCCGAUUCAAUUGCGUUUGUCCAGUUGUUGGGAGUACCGGAAUGACACAUCUGUUUCUUGGUAAACCAGAUACGGAGGAAAACCGGGCGGCGUUUGUAUCUACGGUCCCGUUAGGGCGUCCUAGUACUCCGGCGGAUGUUGCCAAUGCCUGCAGCUUCCUUGCAAGCGAUGAGGCGGAGUUUAUCACUGGGGUGGACCUUGAGGUUGACGGCGGUCGCUGUGUCUAGUGACCAUCUCUAGGGAAUUGGUAGGAUUAUCAUAUGUGCAAGCUACGGUGGAACGUUUGAGGAAUCCAGCUACUACUCCAGUACGUUAAUGAAACUACAAGUUAACCCAACCGUGCAGUACUACAUACCAACAUGUCCUACAUUAGAAUUUCGCUGUCCAAAAAAUUAGUAGCAUUAGCAUAAUAACUCCUGCUAGCAUACACCUA